AUGAUUCGAUCAAGUUUUAUUGCUAUGUUGCUAAUGUGCGUUGUCUGUUCAUUCUGUGGUAAAGAUUUUGUUACGCUUGGUCGACACUCGUGGCGUUGUAAACAACGAGUUGAUCAAGCAGAACAAAGUGAUUCGGAAAGUCCAAUAACAAGGGAAGUGCCUGUCGUGAAUUCACCUACAGUCGUUAUUUCAAGCCGGACUGUUGUUAAAUGCUGCUGUGGAAAAAUUUGUAAAGGGACUCGGGGUCUCAAGAUGCACCAGCGUAGUUGUCGCGUUAUACAUGGGCUUAACAACGAGCUAUGUACAGAUCUUGAAGAACAGAAUGAGGAUGACAACACAGAAGGAGUUCUUGCGGAUGAUGAAGUUACAAAUUUAACUACGGCUGAAAAUGAAACAAGUCCAGUUCAGGCAGUUCUUAAGAAAAGGAAUAAAGCUGCCGAAAAGAUAUUCAGAAUGGUCAACGGCAAACGAACAUUUUAAAUCUGCUCUACUUUUAAAUGGAGCAAUCAAAUCACAAGACUUGAAUCUUAACAGCUGGCCUCUGUAGCUCAGUUGGUUAGAGCGGUGCACCAGAAUCGCAGGGCCGUAGGUUCAAUUCCUACCAGAGGACCUUGUGCUGCAUUUUUCGCAGUCGUUCCUGGUUAGGUCUUAGAAUGUAUAUAUUCUCACUUGGAUUACAAACCCUAACAUUCUAAUAUUAAUUCCACCAAGUGAAGUGCAAGUAUCCAAAUCAUUGAAGUCCACCUUUUCAGGUAGUUGCAUUCCUACCAACGAAAGCUUAUUCAUUUAUAUAUAUAGGACUUCUUGUAGGAAUCGAAUUUGCGGCGUGUGAUUACGAGUAAAGCGUUGCAGUCGCCCCUGGUUACGUCUGAAGAUUGUAUAUAUUAACUCUCGAAAUCUCCAUCUAUGAAAACCCUUCAACGCAUAGACGAAUUUUCAGAUUUUGCUCUGGGAAGGGGGUGCCGAAAAUCCAAGGGGGAAGGUAGGCGAGGAGACGCAUAAGGCCGCCGAGCAAGCAGGGGUCUGGGGCACAGUCGCUAAGGGGGUAAGGAAAUUCAGUUUGAGAUUUUUGGUCUUAGUUCAAAAUCCUUAUUUCAAUCACACUACUGUAAUUUAAUUGGGGGGGGGGUGCAAACUUCUCUAGAUGGGGUGGGAAAAUUUCUGAGGGGGUGCGCUCUUGAUAAUGUGGAUAUUUAGGAGUAUUUAUAUACUUUAUAAAUACCAGUAUAGUUGUGACUUAACUUUUCCUUUGUUUCUAGUGGAUCAUCAUUCCAUUACUAAGUAACGCUGUGUCACAGUUCAAGAAGUACAAAUCACCCAGAAUGAAACGUUUCUUAAGUAUGUAAAACCGCAUUUUGUAAUUGGAAGCAACCGAAGUUCAAUUCCUUGCAAUGUGCGGAUCCAUUACUUAUUCCGUGUUUAAGCCCCGGUCAAACUACGGUGAGAGUUUAUGAGAGUUUUCUCAACUCUCGUGCCCCGGUCAAACUAGCCUGCGUAGCAGGCGGUUAAACGAGAAGAAGAGUUGCGCCAGAGUUUAUGAGGGAAUGAACACUGUCUUGGUUCGAAACGUCGAAAUUCUCCUUGUAUUUUUCUGGUAGGAAACAAUUAAUAUAGUCAUUGAAUUAAUCGAACUCUGUGAAGUGAAUUAUUGUAUUAUACUGAUUGAGUUGACUAUAGUAACCUCGCUCUAAAUGAAUUAGCGUGCGUGUUGCGAAAACUCUCGUAUUCUGUGGUUAAGCCCUGGUGAGAGUUGAUGAGAGUUGAGAAGCGAGAGUUUGCAUGAGAGUUUUAUCAACUCUCGUGCCCAGUCAAACGAGAACAAGAGUUGAAUGAGAAUGAACUGGAUAUUACCGCGAAAACUCUAAUCAAUUCUCAUCUAAAUUUGAAGCAGCUCAAAGUUGACGCGAGACUGCAUGAGAGUCCAUGAGAGUCCAUGAGAGUUAUUAACUUUGCCUUUAUUAAUAACGAAAAUUUACACGCACAUAUUUACAAGAAAGUUUUGGCAGGGACAACAAACAAUUAAUAUAUUACAUAAACAAUUAUUUAAAUAAAUCACUUAUUAUAACAAACUGACUACUAACAUUUAAAAUGAGCUUUAGUUUCAACUUCUAGUAGCAGCAAGUUAUUGGCGAUGUUAGACAGCGUACAGAAUUACACUUCAGGCCUAUGGUUCUAAAUGUUUGCGGAUUUUUAGGGUUAUAAUUGACUUCUAAUGAUUUAUAAUAAUAUUUCUGUAAGACUGAUUUAAUGUUAACGGUGAAACGCCAGCGACAGUGGCAACUUUAAUCAACUUUCAUCCUUGUUUUUCCAAAGCUUUAAUUUCCGUCUCCACAGUUACAUGUGGGAAAAGUACAUCCAGUUUGACCCAACACCUCGUCUCUGAAUACUCUAUAUACGGUUUCUUCCUGGGGUGAUACUGGACCAAUAAGUGUUUUCUUUAUUUAGUGGUACAAAUGGGAGAGGAAUAUUAUCAUGCGAGAGAUUAUACCAAAGCUCUGGCGUAAGUCGACAUUAUUUAGUGGUUUUGUUCACCCCCUUACUGAAAAUUCACAUACAAUGUCACAUGUAGAGCGGCUGUGAGGGAGACUAUACAUAACUCUGCCAUUUGAUGUUUGUUUUUUAGUCUUCUUGGCGUAGUGACCGGUGAUUAUCGAAAAGAAAAAUGGUGGUCGUUAUUGACAGCCAUGUUGUGCACUUCAUUAAGGUAUAGUAUAUAAAUGCAGUUGUUAACCACUGACAUACAGUAUAGGCCUCGCAGUAUUUAAUUAACUAUCAGAAUGCUUUUCUAUAAUGUACAAUUCCAAAUAAAGAAUAUGGCUAGUUACCAUACUACUGUAUUUUGCCACUUAUUUUUUGUUUAAAGAUGUGCUUAUCUCCUGGCGAACAUUCAAGAGUACUUGACGAUUUGUAUUGAACUAAUGGGUCAAUGUAUCCU